AUGCUGACGGUAGAUGAUUUUCUGGACAUGGAAUUUAAGCCCAACAUGAGUCGAAUGGAUUAUUUGUUGGCUGUUGCUGAAGUUGCUCAGUUAAAAUCCAUGUAUGAAGAAGAAGACAACGUAGUUGCUGAACAAGAUAAAGACUACUGCAUCAAGAAAGAAGAAAAAAUCAUUCACAAUAUUCAGUCCAUAGUAUCAUCUUUCCCAGUUAAUAAUCAAGAUAAUCAUGCUCUUGAUAUUGACAUCCCAAAGGGGAGAAGAUCACUGCAAAACGUACGGCCAAGAAAAGUUACUGAACAAUUUAUCUGCAGUGAAGAAUUGAUGAUCAAGAAAGCUGUGGAAAAUUCAAAAGAAAAAGAAAUCAGAGUAGUAAAAGCUGGUGAUGGGGAAAAUAGAGUGAUUAAAAUCAAUUGGGCAGUAGGAAAAUCAAGAGCAGAAAAAGCAGACUAUGACCCACUUGGUUUAAGCAAUGAAGAAUACUUCAAACCAGAAAAGCAAGAAGAGGAAGAUAAAGAAGAGGAUAAAAGGGAAAAGAAGAAGGUGAAAAGGAACAUUAUCGUUAGGGUUGCACCUCCUGUCGUAAUUAACGACCAACCAAGAGAAUUGCCUAUAGAAUUCAAGAAUAAAAUUACAGAGAUUGGAGGUUCAGUUGAAUCAGCAAUAUUAGUGAUCGAAAAGAGGUUGUUUGAAACUGAUAUUAAACCGGGAGAGGGCAGACUUUCAAUCCCACAAAGGCAAAUGAGUAAUGAGUUUCUUAAACCAGAAGAAGAUGCAUAUUUGAAUACUCGGAAUGGGAAUAAUGUGUCUGAGAAGAAAGUGAAGUUGAUUGAGCCUUGUCUUGAAACAUGUGAUAUUAAUUUGAGAAAGUGGAAUAUGAACAAAAGUAAUGGGAAAACAAGUUCAAGUUAUGUGUUGACUACAUAUUGGAAUGCUGUGACUAAAAGGAAUGCUUUGAAAAUUGCUACUUUGGUGCAAUUGUGGGCAUUUAGAAAGGGAUCAGAGUUAUGUUUUGCACUGGUCAAACUCUAA